UUUUUUAUUGAAAGCUGAUAUUUAUGUUUCGUGUGACACGUUUGGGAUUAGCAAAGACUUGUGGGCAAGGACGUCUUCUUGUAUCUUCUCUUUCAAAUGAUAAGAAUGCUGGUUUUGGUUUGAAGGUAUUUGAGAAACAGAACUCUACACAAUUUAUUGGAUCUAAUUUUCCUAGUCGCCAUUUCUCUAGCUACAGAUACUUCUCUGCGGCCACUGAAGAUGAAAAGGGAAAGGUUUCUUUUGUAAACUUUUUAUUUCAUUUUCGUUUUUAG